AUGUCGAAGGUCGUGCGCAGCGUCAAGAACGUGACAAAGGGAUACUCCUCCGUGCAGGUGAAGGUCCGAAAUGCAACCAGCAAUGAUCCAUGGGGCCCUACGGGCACCGACAUGUCCGAAAUCGCGGCCAUGACUUUUGGAAGUCCGAACGAGUUCUACGAGAUCAUGGACAUGAUCGACAAGCGUCUUAACGACAAGGGAAAGAACUGGCGACACGUGCUGAAGUCGUUGAAGGUUCUGGAUUACUGUCUCCACGAAGGUUCGGAGCUGGUGGUUACCUGGGCGCGCAAGAACGUCUAUAUCAUCAAGACCCUGCGUGAAUUCCAAUAUGUCGAUGAGGAGGGACGUGAUGUGGGUCAGAACGUUCGAGUGGCCGCGAAGGAACUCACCGCGCUGGUUCUGGACGAAGACCGAUUGCGCAGCGAACGGUCGGAUCGCAAGCUUUGGAAGACCCGGGUCAAUGGACUAGACGACUCGAGUGGAUUUGGAAGCGAACCGCCGCGCCGGGAGCGACGGAGACGCAACCCCGAUGACGAGGACGACACCGAAUACCGACUUGCGAUCGAAGCCAGCAAGGCCGAAGCCGAGGAAGAGCGGAGGCGACGAGCUAAGGAGGCAAUGGGUGCUGACAACGAUGAGGAUCUUGCCAAGGCCAUAAAGCUUAGCCAGGAGGAAGAAGAGUUGCGGAAGCGUGAAUUAGAGGAAAGCAAUGCGCACGCGCUCUUCGACGAUACCCCAACCCAAGUGCAGCCCGUGCAGCCCACUGGCUUCAACCAGGGCUACCAGCAACAAGGCGCGGUGGACUGGUUCGGCAACCCGAUCAACGCCCAGCAGCCCAUGACCACCGGCUUCCUCAACAAUCAAUAUGCGCAGCCUACUGGUUUCCAGAACCAGCCGACUGGCAUGAACCCUUACGGAAACGGUUACCAGCAGCCCUCUGCUUUCGACCAGAACCCCUACGGACAGGCCCAGAACAACUUCCUGCAGCCCCAGGCGGCUCUUCAGCCACAGCAUACUGCAUUCAGCACCAAUAACCCGUAUGGUGGACCGAACGAUAUGUUCUCGCAGCAACCUCAGCAGCAGCCUCAGGAGAACUACCAGUCGGCCGGUAGUAACAACCCUUGGUCUUCAAACCAGUCUGCCGAUGCCCUCAAGCCCAUGCCCACGGGCUCCAACAAUCCUUUUGCUCAGCGCACCCAGCAGCCGCAGUUCAACAGCAAGCCACAGCAGCCCGGCCCGCCCUCUCUCAAUUCCCUUGCCGAAGACCGCGCCACGAACCAGUUCAACAACCAAUACAGCCAGUUUAACCAAACAACGAGCUCUUCGCUGGCCCACCAGACCACCCAACCUAACCCUAUCGCCAACUUCCAAGCUCCCCAGCCUCCGAAGAGCACCCCGCCACAGCCGUCAGACCCUCAUCACGCUCGCCUGAAUGCUCUUCUCUCGACCGGCGAGGGUCAAGACACUUUUGGUAAUGUGGGAGAUCUCCGUAUUCCUGCGCAGCACACGGCACCUGGCACGUUCGUCAACUCUGCCGGACAGGGUCUGGAUCGCCUGCACGCCACCCAGACGGGCAACAACCCGUUCUUUGGGCAGCAAUUCACCGGCAUGCCUCAGCAGACGGGCUACAUGCAACAGCAGCAGCAACAGCCCAACAGUAACCCGUGGGCCGCACCUCAGCAGCAACAGCAGCAGCGUGGUGGCAGCCUGAUCGAUCUGUGA